CCCAGAGGCGGCACCAGGAAGCGCCCGCCCCGGCCAGAGCCGCCAUGUAACCGGCGCCGCCCGGAGCCCCAGCCGCGCGGGCCCCAGCGACCCGCCGGCCAUGGGAGACGAGGACGAGGAUGAGGGCUGUGCCCUGGAGCUGUGGAUCACGGAAGCCAACCUGACCGGGCAUGAGGAGAAGGUGAGCGUGGAGAACUUCGAGCUGCUCAAGGUGCUGGGAACGGGAGCCUACGGGAAAGUGUUCCUGGUGCGGAAGGCAGGCGGGCACGAUGCGGGGAAGCUGUAUGCCAUGAAGGUGCUGCGCAAGGCGGCGCUGGUGCAGCGUGCCAAGACGCAGGAGCACACGCGCACCGAGCGCUCGGUUUUGGAGCUCGUGCGCCAGGCACCCUUCCUGGUCACACUCCACUAUGCCUUCCAGACUGAUGCCAAGCUGCACCUCAUCCUGGACUACGUGAGUGGUGGUGAGAUGUUCACCCACCUUUACCAGCGCCAAUACUUCAAGGAGGCUGAAGUGCGUGUGUAUGGGGGUGAGAUUGUGCUGGCCCUGGAAUACCUGCACAAGCUUGGCAUCAUCUACCGAGACCUGAAGCUGGAGAACGUGCUGCUGGACUCGGAGGGCCACAUUGUCCUCACAGACUUUGGGCUAAGCAAGGAGUUCCUGACAGAGGAGAAAGAGCGGACCUUCUCCUUCUGUGGCACCAUUGAGUACAUGGCCCCUGAAAUCAUCCGCAGCAAGGCAGGCCAUGGCAAGGCUGUGGACUGGUGGAGCCUGGGCAUCCUGCUCUUUGAGCUGCUGACGGGAGCCUCACCCUUCACACUGGAGGGUGAGAGGAACACGCAGGCUGAGGUGUCCCGACGGAUCCUGAAGUGCUCCCCUCCCUUCCCCCCACGGAUCGGGCCCGUGGCGCAGGACCUGCUGCAGCGGCUGCUUUGCAAGGAGCCCAAGAAGCGAUUAGGUGCGGGGCCCCAAGGGGCACAAGAAGUCAAGAACCACCCUUUCUUCCAGGGUUUAGAUUGGGCUGCUCUGGCUACCAGGAAGAUUCCCGCCCCAUUUCGGCCCCAGAUACGCUCAGAGCUGGAUGUGAGCAACUUUGCAGAGGAAUUUACUCGGCUAGAGCCUGUCUACUCACCCCCUGGAAGUCCCCCUCCUGGGGACCCUCGAAUCUUUCAGGGAUACUCAUUCGUGGCGCCAUCCAUACUGUUUGAUCACAACAAUGCGGUGAUGACUGAUGUUCUGGAAGCGCCUGGCACUGGAGACCGGCCUGGUCGGGCAGCCGUGGCCAGGAGUGCCAUGAUGCAGGACUCGUCCUUCUUCCAGCAGUACGAGCUGGACCUGCGGGAACCUGCGCUGGGCCAGGGCAGCUUCUCUGUGUGUCGCCGCUGCCGUCAGCGCCAAAGCGGCCAGGAGUUCGCUGUGAAGAUCCUCAGUCGUAGGCUGGAGGCGAACACGCAGCGCGAAGUGGCAGCCCUGCGCUUGUGCCAGUCACACCCCAACGUGGUGAAUUUGCACGAGGUGCACCAGGACCAGCUGCACACAUACCUAGUCUUGGAGCUGCUGCAGGGCGGGGAGCUGCUGGAGCAUAUCCGCAAGAAGCGGCACUUCAGCGAGUCAGAAGCCAGCCAGAUUCUGCGGAGCCUAGUGUCAGCCGUGAGCUUUAUGCAUGAGGAGGCGGGCGUUGUGCACCGCGACCUCAAGCCAGAGAACAUCUUGUACGCCGACGACACUCCCGGAGCCCCGGUGAAGAUCAUUGACUUUGGUUUCGCGCGGCUGCGGCCCCAGAGUCCAGGGAGGCCCAUGCAGACACCCUGCUUCACGCUGCAGUACGCGGCCCCCGAGCUGCUGGCGCAGCAGGGCUACGACGAGUCCUGUGACCUCUGGAGCCUAGGCGUCAUUCUGUACAUGAUGCUGUCGGGGCAGGUCCCCUUCCAGGGGGCCUCAGGCCAGGGCGGGCAGAGCCAAGCGGCCGAGAUCAUGUGCAAGAUCCGCGAGGGGCGCUUCUCCCUUGACGGGGAGGCCUGGCAGGGUGUGUCAGAGGAAGCCAAGGAGCUGGUCCGAGGGCUCCUGACUGUGGACCCUGCAAAGCGGCUGAAACUAGAGGGGCUGCGGGGCAGCUCGUGGUUGCAGGAUGGCAGCGCGCGCUCCUCGCCCCCACUCCGGACCCCAGAUGUGCUCGAAUCUUCCGGGCCCGCAGUGCGCUCUGGGCUGAACGCCACAUUCAUGGCGUUCAACCGGGGCAAGCGUGAGGGUUUCUUCCUGAAGAGCGUGGAGAAUGCGCCCCUGGCCAAGCGGCGGAAGCAGAAGCUGCGGAGCGCCACGGCCUCCCGUCGCGGCUCACCAGUGCCCACCACCAAGGGGCCCCCCCGCCGAGCCAACGGUCCCCUACCCCCUUCCUAGCUCCUGCCACUGUGACUUCCCCUCCCCAUAGGGGCUGUGUCCUGGAAGCCCAGCUCACUGCCCCAGCCCGCUAACAGCGGCUCUGCCCUGAUCCCCAGGGAUUGUCUUUCCCCCUCCCACCCUACUCCCAGACAGAGCAGAAGUAUUUUUAUAAGCAGAGAAUUUUUUUAUGUCUUACCAGAUAGAGUUAGAGAUGCAGGGAAGGAGGGGGCCUGCUGGAGAGUGGGGCACGGGAGGCCCGCUCCUAAGCCACUGCCUCAUCUGGGCAAAAGACUCCUCCCAGGGGGCUACUCCAACGGGAACCGGCCCUCUCUUAUUUAUAAGCACUGUUGCUGCAAGGGAGAAACUGGGACCCUUUCCCUAUUCUCUCUUGAGGCCCUGCUCCUGGGAGGGGGCACCCAUCAAGCUGUCACUUUAUGGACUGUCUGUGCAAUUAUGUCCACCAAAGACCUGUGGGGGGUAUUGAGGAAGAGGGCUUGGGGAACCCCCUGAAGCAUUUCUGCCUCACUUAAUGUCACAUGCUUCUCCCCCUAUUGGGGCUAAGGAAGUAGACAACCCCCGUAAAAGUGGAGGCCCCCAUCUCACCACCCCCUCCUCUUUGGCAUAGCUGCUCCUGGCUGGGGGUGGGGCCUUGGGGGCUUGGGCUAGGCAUCCAUGGUCACUGCCUCAGCCCAUCCAGGCUGUGCCUUUGACUUUAAAAUAAAAGUCCACCCAGUCCUGUGUGUGG